CAACUUCCUGUCAGGAGAGAGGGAGGAGCUGCUGAGGAAACACCACACUGACAAUGAAAGGACUACACAACUUACUGUUAGAGGUAUUUCCAGGAAAAACAUGCUGAAGCCUGUACAUUGUGUGAUAACACUGUAUUAGUAAGUUAUGUAUCUUGGGGCGAUAGUCUUAUUUAAAUACAGUUUUCUGAUACCAGAAUGCCCCUGUAAGAAAUUGUCAUGGUAGCUGAACCAUCUAUAAAUUUUUUCACAUUUCUGAAGUCUUGCCGUGCAGGAGUUAAGGAAAGCUGGGUAACAGCUGUAAUAGCUGCCGCUUUGCUUUCCCCCAAAGAAGAACUAAGAAAAUAAUUGUUUUAAAUAUUUCAGAGCUGCGGCCUUCAUACACCCCCCCCCCCCCCGACAUUAUAAUCUAUGGCUGCGCAACAAAGCUGGCGGCAAACGUUACAUUGAGAACAUUCGCGUCACCAUUGUUUCUCCUUUCGUAGGAAGGAAGAGUCUGAUUUCCCAGAAGACAAUAGGGAUUAUAUAGAACACUUUUGGCAGCUCAUAGUGAAAACACGUCCAUUGUAUCAUCGCGCUGCGCUGCAAGGUCACCGUACACGUCCGCCGGCUUAGAUACGCCAUAUUACAAGGAAAAGGGUGCGAAUGUACAUUGUCAACACACAUUUAUAUUAACCCCUUCUUUCCUAUUGGGAAAUCAUGGAUCUGGAAAUUCAGCAUAUACUCUUAUACUCUUUGUACUGUAGCCACGACUAAGGAGAGAACCAGGAAACGUGUCGGUUUUCUGAGGUGUCUGCGUACAGGCCACUGACACGUGCGGCUUUGAUGAAUCUUUAAUAGCAGAUCCUCAUCUACCAUCCCAGCACUGGAUGCAUCUUCUACUGCCCUCUCUAUUUCCACUCUACAUGGAUGUGGUUUUCCGAAGGCCGGAACAGCAAGUAUCCCAGAACCGGUGAGGAGCUGCGAAAUUGUAUUAUUCUUCUGAUGUAGUGAUCGGUACCUACCAAAUGUGUCCAAGAAAGGACAACUGGUGACCAUUGAUGGGUGAAGCCUACAACUUCGAAUCCAGUUCCCUAAGAGUUGCUGUAAUGCAAACUGCUGAAAAACUUCCGGCUGUUUGUUAAAGAAAGAAGUCAGAUCACACAGGACAUGGCAGCUUGUUGUGUAUACAGCCCCACAGAGCGUCCAUGUGACUCCUGUCCACUACCAAAGUGUCUACAAUGGGCAUCAGAACUGGAGCAAUGGAAGAAGGUGUCAGGUCUGAUGGAUGACGUUCUCCAUCAUGUGGACUGCCGGGUGCGUCACAUAUCUGAGGAAGAGAUGGCACCAGGAUGGGAAGGAGUCAGGAGGGGGCAGUGUGAUGGGCCCUCACCUUGUGUUCUGGCAUCAGGUGGAUGUUACUGUAAUAUGUUUCACCUACCUCACUAUUGUACAGACCAAGUCCUCUCCUUCAUGGCAGCUGGACCCCUAAUGGCGGUGACCUCUUUCAGUAGGAUAAUGCCCCCGACCGCACUGCAGACAUUGUUCAGGAAUGAGGAACAUGACAAAGAGAUGAAGAUGGUGACUCGGCCUCCAGAUUCCCCACAUCUCAUCCGAUCGAUCGUCUGUGGGAUCUGCUGGAGAAACAAGUCCCAUCCAUGGAGGCCGCACCUCAAGUCCCAUCCAUGGAGGCCGCACCUCAAGUCCCUUCCAUGGAGGCCGCACCUCAAGUCCCAUUCAUGGAGGCUGCACCUCAAGUCCCAUUCAUGGAGGCUGCACCUCAAGUCCCAUUCAUGGAGGCCGCACCUCAAGUCCCAUUCAUGGACGCCGCACCUCAAGUCCCAUCCAUGGAGUCUGCACCUCAAGUCCCAUCCAUGGAGGCCGCACCUCAAGUCCCAUCCAUGGAGGCCCCACCUCAAGUCCCAUCCAUGGAGGCCGCACCUCAAGUCUCAUCCAUGGAGGCCGCACCUCAAGUCCCAUCCAUGGAGGCCACACCUCAAGUCCCAUCCAUGGAGGCCGCACCUCAAGUCUCAUCCAUGGAGGCCGCACCUCAAGUCCCAUCCAUGGAGGCCGCACCUCAAGUCCCAUCCAUGGAGGCACUGCACAACUAACAGGGUUGGCUUUAUUGCAGGAAUAAGGUUUCCAAUUUGCCUCCCCAAACACAUGGAAUAAAAAAUUCAUCCAAAACAUGUAUGUAUCCCAACAUUGAAAGUAAAACUACCGCUCACCCUCCACAACAAGAGACCUCACAAUGGUAAAAAAAAAUUACGGGGAUAGGCUUCUUUCACACUGCCAUUGCGCCACGUCGAGAACGGCCAUCAAACUCUCUUUUUUUUUUUUUAGUUUGACAGACGUCAUUCUGACUGGGCACAAUGGGCAACAGCGGGUUCCAAUGGACCGCACUAUAGUCAAUGGGGUCUAUUUGGCGCUGUUGUUUUUCAGCGGGAGUAGCAGGAAAAAAAGACGGCGCAAGCUGUAUUUCUUUCUCCCGCUAUUUUUCCUGGUGGCCCCGACGGCCGUCACACUACCGUGUAACAAUGGUAGUGUGAAAGGGGCCUUAGAAGAGGACAAUCCAAAACAAUACAAAAACUCAGUCAUUUUGGUCUUGUAGUAAUAGUACUGACUUACAGAAUAAAGUUAUCAGGUCUGGCUGAAUGUCCGCUUGGAGCAGGCACCGCCUAAUACUAUGGCUGUAGCACAAACUCAUGUCGCGCGCGUGCAUAUAUACAUAUAUAUAUAAACAGGAGAAUACAGCAGCACACUGCUAGCACAAAGAUACAGAUAAAACAUGAAAUGCUAUAUAGAUAUAAUGCAAAAAAUGAGGUACUUAGCUCACAAUUUGGCGCCCAAAUAGUUUGGACCAUCCCACCACGGUAAGGUGACCUCAUUGGGAUGGACCCAACACUGUGAAUAUGCCUCUGUGCAAUCAGUUAAACAGGCUCGCAGUACAGUUCCCCCCCACAUUAGGUGCGGUACAGUUCCCCCCACAUUAGGUUGGCAGUACAGUUCCCCCACAUUAGGUGCAGUAUAGUUCCCCCACAUUAGGUGCAGUAUAGUUCCCCCACAUUAGGUGCAGUACAGUUCCUCCACAUUAGGAGCAGUAUAGUUCCCUCACAUUAGGUGCAGUAUAGUUCCCCCACAUUAGGUGCAGUAUAGUUCCCCCAUAUUUGGCCCAGUAUAGUUCCCCCACAUUAGGUGCAGUAUAGUCCCCCACAUUAGGUGCAGUAUAGUUCCCCCACAUUAGGUGCAAUAUAGUUCCCCCAUAUUUGGUACAGUAUAGCACCCCCACAUUAGGUGCAGUAUAGUUCCCCCACAUUAGGUGCAGUAUAGUUCCACACAUUUGGUGCAGUAUAGUUCCCCCACAUUAGGUGCAGUAUAGUCCCCCAUAUGUGGUGCAGUAUAGUUCCCCACAUUAGGUGCAGUAUAGUCCCCCACAUUAGGUGCAGUAUAGUUCCCCCACAUUAGGUGCAGUAUAGUCCCCCACAUUUGGUGCAGUAUAGUUCCCCCACAUUAGGUGCAGUAUAGUCCCCCAUAUGUGGUGCAGUAUAGUUCCCCACAUUAGGUGCAGUAUAGUCCCCCACAUUAGGUGCAGUAUAGUUCCCCCAAAUUAGGUGCAGUAUAGUCCCCCACAUUUGGUGCAGUAUAGUUCCCCCACAUUAGGUGCAGUAUAGUUCCACACAUUUGGUGCAGUAUAGUUCCCCCACAUUAGGUGCAGUAUAGUCCCCCAUAUGUGGUGCAGUAUAGUUCCCCACAUUAGGUGCAGUAUAGUCCCCCACAUUAGGUGCAGUAUAGUUCCCACACAUUAGGUGCAGUAUAGUCCCCCACAUUUGGUGCAGUAUAGUUCCCCCACAUUAGGUGCAGUAUAGUCCCCCAUAUGUGGUGCAGUAUAGUUCCCCACAUUAGGUGCAGUAUAGUCCCCCACAUUAGGUGCAGUAUAGUUCCCCCAAAUUAGGUGCAGUAUAGUCCCCCACAUUUGGUGCAGUAUAGUUCCCCCACAUUAGGUGCAGUAUAGUCCCCCAUAUGUGGUGCAGUAUAGUUCCCCACAUUAGGUGCAGUCCCCCACAUUAGGUGCAGUAUAGUUCCCCACAUUAGGUGCAGUAUAGUUCCCCACAUUAGGUGCAGUAUAGUUCCUCCACAUUAGGUGCAGUAUAGUUCCCCCACAUUAGGUGCAGUAUAGUUCCCCACAUUAGGUGCAGUAUAGUUCUCCACAUUAGGUUGGCAGUAUAGCUCCCCACAUUAGGUGCAGUAUAGUCCCCCACAUUAGGUGCAGUAUAGUCCCCCACAUUAGGUGCAGUAUAGUUCCCCACAGACAUACAGCCUUCAGCCAUAUACAGUGUAUGCCUGGAGGCUGUAUGUCUGUGUACUGCCCCACUUCAGUGUUCCGACCACCGCUCCACCGGUCUGGGAUCACGAUCUACUGCUAUGGCCUAUAGGCCAUAGCAGUAGGUCCAGGGACUGGAGGAGCGGUGGUCGGAACACCAAAGAUGAAGCUCAACUUACCAUGCGUGCGCGUGUGCGUCCUGCUCCUCGAUGCUCCGCUCCUAUGGGCACACGCACAGGACGCUCAGUGAUGUCCCUGCGUGUGCUACCUCCCGGCGGCCCUAGGUUUUUAAAGUUAACGCGGGGCCGCAGAAAGGUAACAGGGACAUCCUUGUGUUCUGAAAAGAUCUUUCGGGACACAGGGAUGUCCAGAAUGUGACGGGGGCGAUUAGGGUUUGCCCAGGCACACCCGGAACACCCCAUGCGCACGUCUAUGAGCAGUAGGACCGCACAGGCAGUGCCAUCUCUAUGGAUGACAAUGCAGUCCCAGCGAUAGUGAUGAGGAUGAUGAUAGUGAUGAUAAUGAGGGUAGUGAUGACAAGGAUUAUAGUGAAGAUGAUGAUGACAGUGAUGAUAAGGAUGAUAGUAAUAAAGAUGAGGAUGAUAGUUAUGAUGAUGAAGAUGAUAGUAAUGAUGGUGGGGAUGAUAGUAAUGAUGGUGGGGAUGAUAGUAAUGAUGGUGGGGAUGAUAGUAAUGAUGGUGGGGAUGAUAGUAAUGAUGGACGGGAUGAUAGUAAUGAUGGUGGGGAUGAUAGUGAUGAUGGUGGGGAUGAUAGUGAUGAUGGUGGGGAUGAUAGUAAUGAUGGUGGGGAUGAUAGUAAUGAUGGUGGGGAUGAUAGUAAUGAUGGUGGGAAUGAUAGUAAUGAUGGUGGGGAUGAUAGUGAAUUAUAUGAUAAGGAUGAUGAGGAUAAUAGUGAUGAGGAUGACAGUGAAUUAUAUAAU